AUGGCGACCGUCACCUACGUAACGGACGAUUACGAAUACAUGAGAAUAUCAGAACUCACCGCGAUACUGCACGGCCUGUCGCUCUCCCCCAGCGGCAACAAGACAGAACUGAUCAAUCGCCUGCGUGAGCAUGAUAACGCCUCUGCUCAGUCUGGCCAGCCCAGUCAGUCCGCCCUGCCACCCAUAAAAACGACAAUCAUGAUUUGGGGGGCUGGUAAAGUCGCCGAGUCUGUAGUUGAUGGUCUAAGGUCCCUUGGGCAAAAUAACAUUGUAUAA